GCUGCAAAACGGGAACUUGAAAGACAACGACAACUUGAGUGGGAACGGAAUCGAAGGCAAGAACUACUGAAUCAAAGAAACAAAGAACAAGAGGACAUAGUUGUACUGAAAGCUAAGAAAAAGACUUUGGAAUUUGAAUUAGAAGCUCUAAAUGAUAAAAAGCAUCAAUUAGAAGGAAAACUUCAAGAUAUCAGAUGUCGAUUGACCACUCAAAGACAAGAAAUUGAGAGUACUAACAAAUCUAGAGAGUUGAGAAUCGCUGAGAUCACCCAUCUACAACAACAAUUACAG